AUGGACGCCAGCAGUGUUCCGGAGCCGGCUCCAGCCAAGUCACUUGCGGAACGUGUUGCGUACGCAAAUCCACCGAAACGCUCCGGAAAGUCAGAACCACUGACAAAGACCAGCGCCAACCCAAAAGCCCAACCGAAGUCAGCUACCGCAACAAAAAAGGUGACCGGAAAGGAUGGCACAAAGGGGAGAUCGGCCGGCAAACCCGGCAAGCCAAAGCGUGGACGAAACCCUCGAGCCAAACCCAAGACCGCCGAAGAACUCGACGCCGAAAUGACCGACUAUUGGGGAGGUAAUAACCCCUCCGCAGUGGGCACGACCGCUGAAGCUGCAGCCACCAACGGUAUUGCUCCCGCGGCCAAUACCAGCGAUGAUAUGGGCAUGGAGGAGAUUUCAGUAAGCGACGUCGAAUUCAUCUACUGA